UGAAAAGGAAGGGCUAUGCCACCAACAAGCGUCAAUCGGAACCAAUCAGAUUUAGGCAUAGAUUGAAGAUCCCAACGCACGUUUCGCUUACCGCGACCCGCCGUCAGCGCAAGUCUAGCUCAGCCCAGCCCUACCAAAGCUAUCCCCUGUUGCCCAGAAUAUAAUCCUUGCGAGGCCUGAUCGUAGCGACGUUUUGGGUGAUGGCAGCCUUAAAUACGUGUAGGACCAACAGAUUUAUAGGUAUGUAUUUUAACACGAACAAUAGGACUCAAGCCCCGGCGGCUGCAGAAAAGAGGCGUAAGAGACUGGCUCAUAUAUAUAAGCUACCAUCUAUGACUGUUUAUUUUCUGGGGAACUAGUCGACUCUAACCUUGGUAGUAAUUCUUGACUAAACCCAUACUCUACUACUUCAUACUUUGUUUAUAUUCAAAAUAUCACAUUUGAUCAUCGUUUUACCAUAAGUUGACGUCAAACAAAUUACGAUAUCCACUCACAACUCAUCUCAUCGUCUCCCAUUCACUCAAAACCCAAAUCCCUAUCUUCGAAGUUUCUCCAUUAGAAGACAUCAAAAUGGCAGCAGUCGGUAGCGACUUUAAGAAUCAACUGAUUAUCGGUCUUGCAGUCGGAUGUGUUAUUACAGUGGUAGUCUUAACAUUGGUUUGCGUUCUCGCUCAAUGUGGUCCACGUAUGUGUGGGCGGAUUGAUAGGAAGGAGCGCUGGUUUGAGCCGACACUAGAAGAGGGCCAUGUGCAAGAGAGACCGCUAGUACCAGCUAUGUCUGAAAAGAAAGAAUAUGCAUGAUGAGGAGGUGGAAGAUUCAAACAUAUUACAACAACAACCAGACCGCCAAACUACCCAUCGAGGAUUGUGAGUCGCCAUAGCUCCCGGCAAGACAGACCGAUCCCGAGACUGUCUUCACCUGAAUAUCCACAUCUACAGGACGAAGUCAUGAAGAGUUAGUUGGCAGCAGCAUCAUCAAUCAUGCACGCAGGGCUAGAUUAAAAGCAUAUCCCCAAUACGUGGGUAUCGAAUUCGAUACCAAGCCGAACCCUACCACUCACACAAUAACGAGUGAAAACUCGUUCCAAUCGACGUAUGCCACUUUGAAGUUGGUGUAGAGGCUCUAGAGAUAGAGCAUCACGGCGAUAGAGGAUUACUCCGGAGUAAACCUGUUUGGAAGUCUAGGUUAAAGAAAGAUGCCAUUACAUAAGGAUUGGCAAUAUUUGUUAGCCGGAUAAGGAAGUAUCUGGGAAAACAACAUGUCAGAACAUGAAUGAUUAUCAAGACGGCUCAUGAACCAUAAAUAAUCCAUGUGGCUAACGCUACACUAGGUAUUAGAUCGAUAGAUAUACAGUCUAGACUAUUGACAGCUGGCGACAGCAUAUAGAUUAAGGAAUGCAUCAACUUUAAAACUUGGGUCUAAUCCUACCAAAACUAUACGAAGUAUCGUAUAAGGCCUAUUUAGGUAGGUCUACCUAUGUGCAAG